UGAUGGCGAGCGAAGAGGCGGUGGGGAAGAGCCCGGGGGAGCGGUCGGAAGACAGCGGUCACCCUGACACAGCGAGUGACCCAGGUGGGCUGUCCGUCUUAGAGCAGCUGGGUCUGGACCAGAGCUCGGACUUCUCAGACACCACGGUGCAGCAGCGUCUUGAUGAGCAGAGGGAGAAGAUCCGCAGGGAGAUCAGGAAGGAGCUGAAGAUCAAGGAGGGAGCUGACAAUCUCCGCAGGGCCACCACCGAUAAGAGGAAUGCCUCCCAGGUGGAUUCCCAACUACGCAGCUCCAACCGUAAGCUGGAAGACCUGCAUGCUCAGUUACAGGAGCUGGACGCUCACAUCAUGGUCAAGGGAGGAGACGACAACAAGGAUGACCCACCCCAGUCCCCGGGGGCAGAGAGCCGCUCGUCAGCAAGCCAGGACCGCAUUGCCGCCCUGGAGAGACAGCUCAACAUCGAGCUCAAGGUCAAACAGGGAGCCGAGAACAUGAUUCCAAUCUACGCCAACGGAUCCACCAAGGACAAGAAGAUGCUGCAGACGGCCCAGCAGAUGCUGCAGGACAGCAAGACCAAGAUCGACAUCAUCCGCAUGCAGAUCCGCAAGAACGUGCAGGCCACUGAGCACACCGAAGACACACAGGGUAACCAGGACAUGUGUGGUGUGGAGCUGCGUAUUGAGGAGCUCAGGCAUCACUACAGAGUAGAACACGCUGUGGCAGAUGGAGCGAAGAAUGUCCUCCGGCUACUGGGGGCCAGCAAGGUCCAGGAUAAGAAGGCCCUGUCAGAGGCCCAGUGUCGUCUGAGCGAGGCGUCCCAGCGGUUGGACGUCCUGAAGGACUCUCUGGACCGGCGUCUGGCUGACCUGCCGGAGGACCACCCCAAGGCCUGCCUCAUCAAGGAGGAACUAGUCCUGGCCUCCUCCCCGGCCUUCAGCUCCCGCCACAGUGCCCCCUACCGUCACAACCAGUACAGCACCCUCAGCAAGCCCUCCCCGCUCACUGGUACUCUCCAGGUGCAGCUGCUGGGCUGUGUGGGGGUGUUGGAGGUGGUCCCGGGGCGCAGUAAGGGCACGGCGGUCAUGCUGCCCUGCUACAGCCCUGGGGAGGGACGCUCCUUCAUGAACCGCAGCAGCAAGAGCAACCUGUACGCACGCAGCGGGAGCGUCAGCGGCAAGACUCCCAGCAAGACUGACGAACUCUCCUCGGAGGUGAGUGCGGUGCUGAAGAUGGAUAACUCAGUGGUGGGUCAGACAGCCUGGAAGAGUGUAGGGGAGCAGGCCUGGGACCAGACCUUCACUGUGGAGCUGGAGAGGUCCAGGGAGAUGGAGAUAGCGGUGUACUGGAAGGACUACCGCUCGCUGUGCGCUCUCAAGUACCUGAAGCUGGAGGACUUCCUGGACAACCAGAAACACAGAGUUCAGCUGGAACUGGAGCCUCAGGGACUGCUUCUGGCUGAGGUGAUAUUCUUCAACCCGGUGAUUGAGAGAGUCCCACGCCUUCAGAGACAGAAGAAGGUCUUCUCCAAACAGCACGGCAAGGCUUUCCUGAGAGCUCGUCAGAUGAACGUUGACAUUGGGACCUGGGUCCGACUGCUGAGGAACGCUAUCCCCACCGUCAACAACACCGGAACCUACAGCCCCAAUGCACACAACCUCAACUCUGGGGAGAUCUCAGUGGAGAAACUAAGUCUGGACAGUGACUCUCCAGUUAGGCAUGAUUACAGGAGAGACUCUGAUAAUAACACCCCGGAGCGGUUGCCAGUGAUUGAGCCCUUCUCUCCCCCAGACCUCAACCCUGAUCGCCCUGCCCAAACCCCCCCUCUGAGCAGUAAACAUAAGAAACCCCUGUGCCUCCAGGACUUCAGGCUGAUCGCUGUGCUGGGCCGGGGACACUUUGGAAAGGUGCUGCUGUCAGAGUAUAAGAAGACAGGAAGUAUAUACGCCAUCAAAGCCCUGAAGAAAGGAGAUAUUGUUGCACGGGACGAGGUGGAGAGUCUGAUGUGUGAGAAGCGUAUCUUUGAGACGGUGAACGUCUCCCACCACCCCUUCCUGGUCAACCUGUUUGCGUGUUUCCAGACCCCGGAACAUGUGUGCUUCGUCAUGGAGUACACGGCUGGCGGUGACCUCAUGAUGCACAUCCACGCUGAUGUCUUCACUGAACCACGGGCUGUAUUCUAUUCAGCCUGUGUGGUUCUGGGGCUGCAGUUUCUCCAUGACCACAAGAUUGUGUACCGAGACCUUAAACUAGACAACUUACUGCUGGAUACAGACGGAUAUGUAAAGAUUGCCGACUUUGGACUCUGUAAAGAAGGGAUGGGCUAUGGGGACAGGACCAGUACGUUCUGCGGUACUCCAGAGUUCCUGGCCCCUGAGGUCCUGACCGACACCUCUUACACCAGAGCAGUAGACUGGUGGGGCCUCGGAGUCCUCGUCUAUGAGAUGCUGGUGGGAGAGUCGCCCUUCCCUGGUGACGAUGAGGAGGAGGUGUUUGACAGCAUCGUGAAUGACGAGGUCCGCUACCCACGAUUCCUCUCCACAGAGGCCAUCGCCAUCAUGAGGAGGCUGUUGAGGAGGAACCCAGAGAGAAGACUAGGCUCUGGUGAGAAAGAUGCUGAUGAGAUAAAGAAACAGCCUUUCUUCCGGGGUCUGGAUUGGGAGGCCCUGCUACAGAGGAAGCUGCCCCCUCCCUUCGUUCCCUCCAUCAAGGGCCGAGAGGACGUCAGCAACUUCGACGAGGAGUUCACCGCCGAGCCUCCCACCCUGACACCGCCGCGCGAGCCCCGCACGCUCUCCCGCAAGGACCAGGACGGCUUCUGCGACUUCGACUACGUCUCCGACCUCUGCUAG